AUGAGUGAUACACCGCUGCUGCUGCUGGGCACGGAGGCCGUGACCGACGUCAAGCUGCACCCUGUCGUCGUACUGCAAGCGCUGGACCGCUCCCUGCGUCGUGCAGAGGGCCAGACGCGUGUCAUUGGCACGCUGCUGGGCCAUAUCGAGGGCGGCGUCGUCGAAGUCACCGAGUCGUUCGCGGUUCCGCACUUAGAGAACGGCGAUGAGGUCGCCGUGGGGCGCGACUUCCACACGCACAUGUACGAGCUCCACAAGCGCGUGAACGAGAAGGAAGUGGUCGUGGGCUGGUACGCCGCUGGUCCAGGCGAGCUGGACGACCACUCGGCGCUUAUCCACCAGUUCUACAGCUCUGUGUGUGAGCUGCCGGUGCAUUUGGUGAUAAGUACGGACCUGCACGACGACGCACUGGACGUCGCAGCGUUCGUGUCGUCUCCACUGGAGGUCGUCGACACGACGCUCGUCCAUCAGUUUAAGCAGAUUCCAGUGACCCAGAAGCUCUCGGAGCCUGAGGCCAUUGCCCUGAACGCAAUGGUGCCCACGAACGGUGAAGCGAAAGCAAGAGCGCUGCCUAAUGAGCUGGAGGCGCUGGAAGAGACGAUGGAGAAGCUGUACACGUGCAUUGAUGGAGCCAGCACCUUUGUAGGCGACGUGGUGGCCGGCAAGCAGACGGCGGACGCAAAGCUUGGUCUAGAGAUUGCAGACGCACUGGCAGCUAUCCCCAUGUUGCGUGCUGAACAGUUUGAUCAGCUCUUUAGCACGGGUCUCCAGGACCUGCUGAUGGUGUCGUACCUGUCUGGACUCACACAGGCGCAGCUGUCGAUGGCUGAGAAGCUCAUCAAUGCCUGA